GCCAUCUGUUCAUAUCAUCAUAUUGCCAUGUAGAAAUUGAAUGCUUCUUGAUUCCUCUGAACACUCCAUUUGCUAUGUCGCCAUUACGACUUGAUCCGUGUAGGCCAUGGGCUUGUCGCCCUGGCGUCCAUUCUCCUGCUGCCGUGCUGACAAGAACCCUCAUUGUGGACGCCCUCUUGGGGCAUGUGGUGUUUUUAUUACCCUGGGCGCCGAGACUGUGAGCCAAUUCAGUGUUGCGAACAGAUCAAACACGCCCAAGUCUGAUACGAUGUUACGGGCCUGUCGUUGUUUUCACACGAUGAUCCCCUUCAUCAUCACGCCUUCAUCAUCACACCUUUGCUGACCACACUCUCCACCCCCAUCCUUGUACCAUCCGUGUCUCUCCUAUCCUAUCCCGUGGCUGUAGCCAUGUCUUCCGAUUUGCCUGAUAAUGGGGAGGAAAAUGCCGAAAGCCCGCCCUCGAGACCCAGGUCGCCCUCGGAGCCGCCUCUGGAAAGUGAAGCUUCUGCCAGAAGCAGCCGGGUUCGACCAUUCUUUGAUCUAUCGACAGUGGAUACCUUCUUCGAUCUUAUAUCUCCUCCUUCAGAUGAUGGGCGAAUUCGUUUGUAUCCUCCAUUCUUUGACUACGAUGAUCAAGACGCCUGGAGCCGGGGACAACGUGACUGCAAGCACGACGUGGUAGUCAUCGACUAUGCCAUAGAUGAGUAUGAAACGUGCGAUUCCUGUGGCAAUAUACCUACUCUCGGAUGGUUUUAUCGCUGUGGUGUGGAUACCACUGGAUACUCUCACCAGAUGGAUCCUGGCCAUGGCCCAGUUCUAAGUUCUUGGAUCUCAGAAGCCAUCAAGGCUGGUUGCUACAACGGUGUACAAAAGGAGAUCCUCGAGCAGCAAAAGUUGAGGGUCUUGGAACUGGCCGCCAGGCAUAGAGAUAGUCAGAUGGUUGCGUUUCCAAUGACGGAAGUCAUACAUGGCAUUGAUCCCGACGACGAUGACGACAACCCACACGUCGACUUUAUUGAAGAUAUAGCACAACAGGACCAAGGUCCCCCGGCUAUCCAAGGUUCCUCAAACGUCCGCCUUGGGCCCCCUCAUUGCAGUUAUCGCGCUUGUCAUAAUUGUGCGCCUCGACUUCAGGAACGCGUUUGGCUUAGCAUCAACGAGACAUGCAGAGACACGACAGUCAGAGCCCCGUCCGAGUGGGACCUGCGUGAUCGCUCUAUCUCAGAUGCAAAUGUUGUGAGAAACUUGGGACUCAGGCGCUUUCCUAUCCCUCACCCCAACGUCUCUCGCCACUCACAUCCUCUUGCUGAACGAAUAACCUCUUCUUCACCUGGUUCGUCUGCCGGCCCCUCUGCUGGAUCUUCUGUCGGCCCCUCUGCUGGACCUUCUGCCGGACCUUCUGUCGGACCCUCUACUGGACCCUCUGCUGGACCUGUCACUGAACAAUCUACCGUAUCAUCUGAUGGGCGUACUGGGCCAUCCCGUAGGGGGCUCAGGCGGCUGAUACCUAGAUCAUUGAGUAACCGAUCCUUCAGAUCCCCGUCUUUGACUCCGUCUACUUGCGUUCUUGCUCCUAUUACCACUCAGAUCGCGGGGGUUGUUACUGGCUUCUUCAAUAGGUUCAAUUCUGUUCCACCACCCACCCCUUCUCAUAGAGAGUUACCAGAACGGCGUCCUACCAUACCUCCCGAAACCUCUGCAAGCCCCAGUGCCAGUAGUCCGCAGACCGCAUCUUCUUCUUCCUCUGAGCAGACGCCUGCUUACUGGCCCCAGCUGUUGAGCUAUCAUACCGCAUGGAACAGCAUCAACAAGCACCCCAAGCGCCCUAAUCUGCCAGGUCACUUCCUGCGUACGAUCGUCUGUAUACCGGCGACCAUCAUCGAGGAGCAUGAGGAGCAAUUCAGGGAACCGGAACCAGACGACAGUGAAGAUGACGACGACGAAUCGGGUGGCUGCCCCCUUGACCCCGAAUCUUGCGAAUGACAAGGGGAAAUGGUGUGCCUGAAGGUCCAGGAAAUGAUGUUUAAAAGAUACAACGCGGAGAGGUGGGAAGUGGAGUGGGGAGUGAAAAGUGGUUAUGAAAAUAGAGACAUCUGGUAUCCAGCUGACUGUAUCGGAUCUAGAAUCGCUAUUUCAAGUGAUCCCAUUUUCAAGGGCUGAAUAUGGAACUCUGAGUUGUGUGCUUCAUCAUCAUGUGGGGUGGAUAUUCCCUGCCGUGUAUUUUUUAGCAAUAGCGGUUGUUGGAAGGGACACUAUGUAACUAGACAGGUUGAUAAUGAAAAUGCGAU